AUGACGUGACGUCACACGUCAGUGACGUGAUCAAGAUCAAGUCAACUUGGCUGUUUGCACGUUUUGUAUUGAACAGAUAAUUUUAUUUUUAUUGUUAAUGUUUCACUGCCGUGUUGUAAAAAAUAAUAUUAAAUUUAGACUAUCACCACAAUGGGAAAAGCUAAGAAAUCAAAAAAGCUAGGACGAGAAGAUGAUUUGGAAGAUGAUAUUGACAUCAAAAGUGAAGAUGGGGAGAAGAACAUCAAACCCAAUGAAAAAAAAUCUUCCAAAUCCAAAAGUAAACCGAAAGAUGAUGAAGAUGUGAUAGACAGCGAUGCAGAGAAUGAAAUGGAUGAUAGCAAAAAGAAGAGCAAAAAGAGUCUGAAAAAGAAAAGUGUCGAGGACGAUGAUGAUGUUGAUGAAAUCACUAAUGAAAUAUCAGAACUCUCAACAAAUGAUAGAAAGAAGAAAAACAAGGGUAAGAAAAGUGUUGCUGACAACUCAGAUAGUGAAGAAGAGGCUGUGAAAAAGCCAGCUGCAAAAGGCAAAGCAAAGAAGAGUGCCGGCUUUGCUCUGUUAGCUGUUUCGGACGACGACGACGAUGAUGAUGAUGAAACAGCUGUCGCGCCUGAUCCACCUUCAGAGGACGAGGCAGCUGCAGCCGAAGCGGAGAAGAAGAAGGAGAAGGGAGGCAAGAAGGGCAAAAAGGGAAAGAAGAAGAAGGAUGAAGACGACGAAGAGGAUUUGGACAAAAUGCUGGCCGAGUUGCAAAUGGAGUAUGCCGGAGUGAAGGAGCCCAGUGUGGAGAAGACCGCCGCCGACGAGGAGCCAGCAGCCGCACAAGUGGACGAACCCACCAAGUCCAAGAAAAAGAAGAAGAAGGGAAAGGAGGAGAAUGAGAAGGUUUCUGAGGAGAAAGGUGAAGAUGAUGAUGGUGACGAAACAGCCGGCGGCACUGUAAAAACUGCUGCGCAAAAGAAAAAGGAGAAGAAGGAGCGCGAGAAACAGAAGAAAAUGGCUGCCAAGAAACAAGACGUGGAAAAGAAACCUCAAGAUCAGAAUGAACCAGAGACUAAUGAACCAGAUGCCUUAAAGGAAGGAGACAACGCACAAGAAGAAGAUGGCGAUGAUGAUGACAAAAAGAAGAAAAAGAAAAAAUCGAAAAAAGAGGAGGAAAAGGAUAAGAAAGAGAAGAAGGGUCCAGGUAAAAAGACAAUAGCCGCAAUGCAAGAUGCACUGAAGAAAUUGCGAGAGGAAGAAGAACGUGCAAAGAAAGAAGAGGAAGAGAAAUUGAGACUAGAGGAAGAGAUGGAGAUGAAGAGAUUGGAACAGGCAAGACUAGAGCAGGAGAAGAAAGAGAAGAAGAAGCAGAAAGAGAAGGAGAGAAAGGAAAGACUGAAGGCGGAGGGGAAGCUGUUGUCGGCAAAGCAGAAGGCGGACCGAGCGAGGGCGCAGGCGAUGAUCGAGGCACUGCGAGCCAAGGGCCUCGACGUCCCCACGCCGGGCGAGAAGAAGCCUCCGCGCCCGGGCACGCGCAUCCGUCCCAAGAAGAACAAGAACGAACAGGCCAGCGACACCGUUGAAGAAACAAAAGAUGAAGAAGUACAAGAGCAAACUGUUCAGGUGGAAAUAGUUGACAAAAAGGAAGUACUCAAAGUUGAAGAGGAUGUAAAGGACUCGUGGGAUGCUGAGUCAUCAGAAGAUGAAGAGAAAUCCGAAGAAACAGAGAAACCAGAUGGUGAUAAGAAGAAAGAGGCUGAAGAUGACGAAGAGGAGGAAUCGUCGAGCGAAGAGGGAGAGGGAGAGACAAGCAGUGAAGAGGAGGACGAAGAUGAUGAGUCAGAGGAAGAGUCGAGCGAAGACAGCGAUGACGGCGAAAAGAAGACUGACGCUGAAAGGAGAAGAGAGAAAGCCAUUGCAAGAAUACAGAAAAGACGAGAAGAUGCUGAGAAGAAUAAGAGCUUAAAUGAGCUGAGAGCUGCUGUUGUAUGUGUUCUGGGACAUGUAGAUACGGGUAAGACUAAGAUUUUAGAUAAAUUACGAAGAACAAAUGUGCAAGAUGGUGAAGCUGGCGGUAUUACUCAACAAAUUGGAGCAACAAAUGUUCCAUUAGAAGCUAUCAAAGAGCAAACAAAAAUAGUCAAAGGAUUUUCAGAGAUGGAAUUGAAAAUCCCUGGACUGCUAAUUAUAGAUACACCCGGCCACGAAUCGUUCAGCAAUCUUAGAAGCCGUGGCUCCUCCCUCUGUGAUAUUGCGAUUCUCGUUGUAGAUAUUAUGCACGGACUCGAACCUCAGACCAUUGAGUCGAUUACUCUACUCAAAAACAAGAAAACACCAUUUAUUGUAGCUUUAAAUAAAAUAGAUAGGUUGUAUGAUUGGAGUAGUAUGGCUAGAAAAGAUGUAAGAGAUGUCAUAAAAAGUCAGCCUUCAAAUACUCAAUUGGAAUUUGAACAACGAACUAAAGAAGUUAUUAUUCAAUUCAAUGAACAAGGUUUGAAUGCAGCUUUGUUCUACGAAAAUCCGGACCAGCGCAGUUAUGUCUCACUAGUUCCCACAUCGGCUAUCACCGGCGAAGGCAUGGGAAAUCUGUUGGCGCUUAUAAUGGAAUCUUGUCAAACUAUGUUAGCAAAAAGACUCAUGUUCUCCGAAGAAUUGCAGGCAACAGUAUUAGAAGUGAAAGCCAUCCCAGGUCUGGGUACGACGAUAGACGCAAUCCUGGUGAACGGAAAGCUGAGAGAAGGAGACACAAUGAUAGUGGCCGGCACGGACGGACCAAUCGUGACGCAGAUUCGAUCGCUGCUGAUGCCGCAGCCAAUGAAGGAGCUGCGAGUGAAGAACGCCUACCAGGAGUACAAGGAGAUCCAGGCAGCGCAGGGAGUCAAAAUUGCCGCCAAAGACUUGGAAAAAGCCAUAGCUGGCUUGAAUCUGUUGGUUGCACAAAAGCCGGAUGAGGUGGAGGUGAUGAAGGAAGAGGUGGCAAAGGAGCUGAAGAGUGCUCUGAGCUGCAUCAAACUGGCCGAACGUGGUGUCUACGUGCAGGCGUCCACUCUUGGCUCUCUCGAGGCGCUGCUCGAGUUUUUGCGCACCUCCAAGAUUCCAUACUCGAACAUCCGCAUUGGUCCAGUUGUGAAGAAGGAUGUUAUGAAAGCAUCAACUAUGUUGGAGCACGACAGUCAGUAUGCUACGAUUCUUGCAUUCGAUGUGAAAAUAGAAAGAGAUGCACAAGAGCUGGCAGAUUCGGUUGGAGUGAAGAUAUUCCAAGCCGACAUAAUUUAUCACUUGUUCGACAAGUUCAUGGCCUACAGAGAACAGCUCAAGCAGAAGAAGCGCGAUGAGUUCAAGCAUGUUGCCGUGUUCCCAUGCAAGCUCAGAGUGCUGCCCCAGUUCGUUUUCAAUUCUCGUGACCCAAUCGUGAUGGGUGUCAUCGUAGAAGCUGGAAUCGUGAAGGAAGGCACGCCGAUUUGUGUUCCUAGUAAAGAGUUUGUGGAGCUGGGUAUUGUGACAAGUAUAGAAAACAACCACAAGCCGGUGGAGUCGGCGAGAAAAGGCCAGGAAGUGUGCAUCAAGAUCGACCCGAUUGCCGGCGAAUCGCCCAAAAUGUUCGGCAGGCAUUUCGACGAAAAGGACAUGCUUAUCAGCAAGAUAAGCAGACAGUCAAUAGAUGCUUGCAAAGAUUAUUUCAGAGAUGAUCUUAUCAAGGCAGAUUGGCAGCUAAUGGUCGAACUGAAGAAACUUUUCGAGAUUCUAUAGCAGGCUGUGGAUUCCUCUAGUCACGUCUACAAGAUGCUUCAUUUUUUCUUAGCCGAAGUCAUUUCCAUGAAGGUGUGAAAGUUUUCCUCUUCCCACAGAAGAAUCUCACAAUUCAACCUCAAUAUUACAAUUUUUUUCAGUAUUUGCUUCACAAGUUUCAGUGCUUGGAAAAAUUAAACCUUGGAAGGCUGCAGAAUUUCCUCGAACAAUAUUUUUAGGAAUCGUGUUGCAAAAUUAUAAACUGGAAAUAAUUGGAAAAUAAAUAUUUUACAAUUUUCAAGAAAGUAAAAGGUUAGUUCUAAGAUUUUUUUGUAUGCAAAUUUAAAAGAAUAUUACAUUCAACAUUCUUAAUAUAAAUUGGAAGCUUGAUGUCAAGAUGUUUGUUCAUGAAAAUAUUACUUAUAUGGAUAUUUAUCCAUUCAUUCACUCAAUCUUUUCUCAAAUAAAUAAAAUCUUUUCUGUAUUAAAUAAAUCAAAGUUAGUGGGGUUCAUCUAAAUGAAAAUAAAUAUAUGAAUUAAUGUUGAUUAUUUGCAUAAAAAUAUGAAGGAAAAUUUUAAUUUCCAAUAAAAUACUAGUAGCAUUCUCUAUUUUUCAUAUCCAUGUAUUGUAAUAACACACAAAUGUUUUAUUUGUAUGUGUGUAUUUUUUUCUAUUCGAAGGUUUUUUGCCGUCAACUUGGGUAAUCAUAAUCAAGUCGCUAAAGGAAUAAUAAAAUUUUACAAGCCGAAA